UAUAAAAUGCACGGCCCGCCACUGGGGUGUGUGUGUGUGUGUGUGUGUGUGUGUGUGUGUGUGUGCGCUCGCGCGCGCCGUAUUAUUGAGAACAGAAAACUAAAGACUUUUGUAUUUAUCCGUUUUCUGCAUCCUUCUUUUUAUUCCACAAAUACUUGUUUUUUCUAUUCUGUCUUAUUUAUUUUUGCCCUGAAUAAUCUACAAAUUAAUAAUGAAUUGAAUCGCAAGACGUGUUGCACGACAGAGCACCAUUGUGUUGCAGUUUCUCACUUCUUUAACUAUUUCAGGAAGUGGGGCAGUGUCACCAAAAUCAGGAAACCGAGUGUUGCUAUUAAUACAGCUGAGCAAAGGGCUGCAGUACAGCUGGUGAGAGCUAAUGUAGCCUCAGUUGAAGGGGACGGGAGCUCUAGUGAACUUUAGAAACCAAAAAAAGGACAUAUUUGGGCAAACGAUGCCUUUUCUGGGGUGAUUUUGUGCACUUUUGCGGCUUCGCGACCAUGGAGGAACCCCACUCAAGCGUUAGAUCAGGUAAAUACGACAUAUCUUCUACAGUGUAACUGUCUUUUUACUCAGUUUCAGGUCGUGAAAAUGUCUUAUUUUACCCAAUAUGGAUUAGUCUUAAAGAAUGUUUUAUCUUUUUCUUUGGAAAUAUGUUUUUAUUUCAUUGAACUUCCAUCAACAACUCUUCUCUGAGCUCAUAAAAGUAAAAAGAGGAAGCAAGCGUCUCAGCCUUCCUGUGUGGUUAAAUGAAUAUGAAGGUUAUUUUAUGGUACGGUCCACUCUCUCAGCCCUGUCACCAGUGGAGAGCUGUGAAGAAGGGGAAAUAUCCGCGUUGGGUUUCUGUCCCCGUCGUCGUGUACAGCGGUGAACUUGACCUGAUGAAACACUGUAAUGAGUCAGACUAAAUUACUCUGACCGGUGUUGACACAGCAUCGUGUUUGCACAACUCCUUGCUGGCUCGCCGCUGGUCUAUCAAACACGUCGGACAUUCACUCUCCGACCACAGUCACCUUGACAUUUCACACACCUGGACAGCUGGUAUGUUGUGAAGCAUUUCCACAGCAAACAUUACCUACUUACCUACUGCAACACGGAGGCCGACACAUUUAAUACAACAUGGCGGGUGUCGUGUCGUUAGCGUAAUGUUUGAACUGAUUGUGAUUCAUUUCACGUGGUUAGGCAUGAACAGCAGUGUUUAAGGAACUAAUGAGUAAUAUUUUCCAGUUUUAUUGCUUUGGUGGGGCAAAGCUGAAUGCACGCACUGUACACACUAAUCGCGCUAUAUUCUGCUUUUCAGCUGAACCUGAAUCACCUUCAGCGCACGAGCUGUUAAUUCUGCACGCAGCCGAGGCAGCGGAAUGGGCGACGUACUUGCAGCAGAUCUUGAAAUCCUCCAGAAAGUUCCGCAAGAGGUCCGUUGUGCUGUACGCGGUCGACCCGGCCGAUCAGCUCCUCGGACAUGACUUUGACUGUUUCCAGAGCUGCGAGUGCGUCGUGCUGCUCCUCACUGGGGUGAUCCUGGACAUGCUCUGUGACCCUGAACUGCAGGCGGCGCUCCGGGGUCUCCUUCACCCUCCGCACAGAGUGGUGGCGCUGCUGUGCGGCGUGCCAGAGGACGACGUAACCACGGAGUGCCUCGAGGACUGGCCAAGCUGGAGGAAACUCUACGCCGACGACGAGCCUGCUCUCUACGUUUCCACCAUUCUGGAGUCCAUCACUGAUAGCAGACGAGUGGAGGCCGAACAUAAGAUCAAAGCUGUAGCUGCGGCAGAGGUGCACAUCACAGCAGCCUCUUUGACAGAAGAUCCCGCUACUGAUGAGACAGGGGUAGUGGUGUCAGACGAGCAGCAAGAACCCGUCCUGGAGGAUGGAGAACCCGUCCUGGAGGAUGGAGAACCCGUCCUGGAGGAUGGAGAACCCGUCCUGGAGGAUGGAGAACCCGUCCUGGAGGAUGGAGAACCAGCAAGCACACCGAACUCAACAGGCGAGGAACUUAGUACACCCACGCACCUCACCUGUCUCACCGUCCAGCCAAGCAGAGUUCUGUGCGGGGAGCGGGAGAAACUUUUUAUCAUUUUCACGCAUAAAGUAGAUGAUUGGUCGGUACCAGAGGUGGAGUUUUCAUUUGGAAAUGUAGCUGCAAAAAGGGUCCCAGGCACUGUGGAGAAUGACUACACUAUAAGUGUUACUGCACCUGAUAUGCCUGCUGGAGUGGUAUCACUCACCAUGUACUCUGACCAAUGCUGCGUCAGCCUGAGGCCGGUUACGUAUUACACCAACAUGGGGGAAGUCAGUCGGUAUCUUGAAGAUGCCGCCGAUCCUGUUAACUUCAUCUGCCAGGCCUUCAACUUGACGUCCAAUGCAACCGAAUCACUGGACAACAUGCUAACUGACUCGUUGAAAUCCAUGAUGCCCGCAACGGGUCUUCAGGUGUUUGGAAUCAGACAGAUUGAAGAAGACAAUAUGACGGCAUAUCAGCGUAACGAGGAGCUUCCCACGCUGCUCCACUUCGCUGCUAAGUACGGCCUGAAGAAGCUGACCACCAUUCUCCUUCAGUGUCCCGGGGCGCUGCAGGCUUACAGCGUGAUGAACAAGUCUGGAGACUACCCGAACACGCUGGCAGAGAAGAGCGGCUUCUUGGAUCUCAGACAGUUCAUGGACGAAUUUGUUGAGCCAGCAGACAUGCUCAAGUCUCACAUUGAGGACUCCAUCCACACAGAGGAAGGUGCAGAGGUGUACGAGUUGAUGACACCUAACUCUCAAGACAUGAUGAUGAAGUACUCGGGUUGCUCGGAGGACAUAUACGAGUCGAUGCUGGUGAUUGACCCUGAAUGUGCAGAGGACCUAUAUGAGGUGAUGAUCGCAGUAGACAAGAACCCAGAGGAAGCUAUGCUGAGGAAGUUCUUCCAAGCAAAACCACCUGCCAGUGUCAACCAGGACAACACUGACCACCUUAUAAGUGAGGAAGAGGAAAAGGGAAGUCAUACUGACUUUGAUGAAAUUGAAGAAGAGGAGGAUCCAUACAACCUCUGCCCAGAGGAUAUCUAUGAUACAGUGGAUGCAAACGGCAGCUUCAACCCAUUAAUCCUGAACCGCCCACCGGCCCCCAUCCCCAGACCCGAGUCCAUGGCGGAUCUUGAAAAGCCUCAGACCUACAUCUCCAGAGUAUUCUCAGAUAAAGCUGCGUCCCAGAGUACAGCGAUGGAAGCGGGAUGUCCUGCAGCUCAGCCUGCGGCGGCCCCCCUCUCUCCUACCUAUGACCCCUAUGCUGGGAUGAAGACCCCUGGACAGAGACAGCUCAUAUCUCUGCAGGAGAGGGUGAAGGUGGGGGAAAUUACCGUGGAUGAGGCCGUCCAAGAGUUCAAGACCUGGCAGUUUGACCAUGAGCGGAGAUCGAGCUCCAUACGCUAUCAGCAGGAAAAUCUGAAGCGAUUACGAGAUAGCAUCACCAGACGCCACAAAGAGAGAGAGAAGGCCGGAAAGGAGCUCGAUUAUGAGAUAAGUGCUCCACUGCAGAGGAACCUAUACUGGGGCCCCAAUGUGACGUUAGAGUGUUCUCUGUACAAGUCGACACCCAGAAUGGUGGCUCCUCUUCCUCCGGUGCCUCAGAGUAUCCAGCGAGGCAGCUGGAAGACAGGAAGCACGUCCAGCACGUCCAGUACUGAGAGCAACAGACUCAGCACCUUCAGCUACAGCAGCGGGACAGAGCCUGACUUUGAGGACAUGAUAGAUGCCCCUCCUCCACGUCCUCCACGGCCGUCUGUUGCUUCACCCAGGAUUCCUCCACGGGUCCCAGAAAGGGUUUCGGAGACGCAUGAGCGCUACAUAUCCUGCCCGACUCGAGCACUUCCCCAAAGACCCACCCAGAGACACACAAAUGCAGCCCCUCCCGUACCUCGACGCCUGCGCUGAUCGACACAUGGCUGCUGCUGCUGGGUUUAGUUUCUAAAGUUAUGAUUAUUUUAAGAGGGAUGGAGGAGUCAGCGAGACGGUGUGUUCCUCUGUAAACAACCAUCAGGAUAUGCAUCCAUACAUUGCUUUUAUAAAUUGUUAUGCAUCUUUCUGUGUGUGUGUGUGUGGGUGUGGGUGGGGGGGGGCAGGGCGGCUGAGUGUGAUAUUCAGUGUUGUGGUAUGUUUUUACUGUAAAAAAAAACAAUGCUUUACCUCUACAAACCAUGGGACAUUUAAAGAUUUUACUGUUGAAAAUUUAAGUUUAAUGUGUUGGAGAAAAGGGGAAAUAAUUGGUUUGGUAAUUGAAAUCUUAAUUAUGAUAUUUAAAUAUAGUUGGUAGUGGGUGUCCUGUUCACUGAGCCAAUGAUGUUCAGUUCACCAGAAACAAAAUAAUAUUCCUUUUUAUAAUUAUGCCAGUACUUAAUUACAUGUUGAUUUGACAUUAUAUUGUACUUAUUUUACCUCAAAUGAUGUCACCGUUAUGCUUCUUAAAUAACUUACAGUUUGGUUGUGAUAUUUGUAUAGCUUUCUAAACUUGGAGAAUUCAUACAUGGAUGAUAAAAUAACCUUUAGGAGGUCAGUUUUGUUGUACAUCAGACUUUUUCUAACUUCUGAAUUUCAUCAUGAAAUAUAAAAAAUGUGUUCCUUUUA